CCUUCUAGGAUACGCGCCGGUCGCCCCUAGCGGGUCUGCCCGCCCGCAGCGUCUCGUUGGUGCCGCCGGUGACCUCCGACCCCGUGGCUGCGGGGCGGGGCAGGGAGAUCUUAGCUCCCGGUGGCCGGCGGCUGCUGCAGCGGGACCCGGGAGCGGGGCCCGGCGCCGCCCGGGCCGCGGGGCGAUGUGAACCCCAGGUGUGUCCCGGAGGGAUCCAGGUGACGUCUCUACAGAUCCCUUGUCGUGAUGCCCCACCAAGAACAGGGGGAAUAAAGUGGGGGUCCUUCCCCAUGCCCCUCCAAUGGUCAGUUCCCCAAUGGCCUGGGUGAGGGUGGGCUCGCUGCUCUGACACCAUGGGGAGCUGUUGCAGCUGCCUGAAUAGAGACAGCAUCCCAGACAACCACCCCACCAAGUUCAAGGUGACGAAUGUGGAUGACGAGGGGGUGGAGCUGGGCUGCGGGGUGAUGGAGCUGACACAGAGCGAGCUGGUGCUUCACCUGCAUCGGCGUGAGGCCGUCCACUGGCCGUACCUUUGCCUGCGGCGCUAUGGCUAUGAUUCCAACCUCUUCUCCUUUGAGAGUGGUCGCCGGUGUCAGACGGGCCAGGGGAUAUUUGCCUUCAAGUGCUCCCGGGCCGAGGAAAUCUUCAACCUCCUUCAGGAUCUGAUGCAGUGCAACAGCAUCAAUGUGAUGGAAGAGCCGGUCAUCAUCACCCGCAAUAGCCACCCAGCCGACCUCGACCUCCCGCGGGCCCCCCAGCCUCCCAAUGCUCUAGGCUAUAACAUCUCUAGCUUCUCCAAUGGCUUCCCUGGAUGCCCAGGAGAGGGUCCGAAGUUCUCAGCACCCCAGCGCCCCUCAACAAGCAGCCUUCGACACCCCUCACUUGGGGAGGAGUCCACCCAUGCCCUCAUUGCUCCUGAUGAGCAGUCUCACACUUAUGUCAACACUCCGGCGGGUGAGGAUGACCACCGCAGAAGCCGGCACUGCCUGCAGCCACUGCCCGAGGGCCAGGCACCCUUCCCCCCACAGGCCGGAGGCCCUGACCCACGAGACCCACAGGCAUUCUGGCAGCCGGGCCAGGUGAAGUUCGUGUUGGGCCCCACCCCUGCGAGGCGGCAGGUGGUGAAGUGCCAGGGCCUGUGCCCCGCCCUUCGUGACCCCCCUCACCACAACAACAACGAGGGCCCCUCUGAGUGCCCGGCGCAGCCCAAGUGCACCUACGAGAAUGUCAGCGGGGGGCUGAGGCCAGGGGCCAGCUGGAGACUGAGCCCAGAGGAACCGGGCUGGAACGGCCUCGCCCACCGGCGGGCCGCCCUGCUGCACUACGAGAACCUGCCCUCCCUGCCCCCAGUGUGGGAGAGUCAUGCCCAACAGCUGGGGGAGGAGGUCGGGGAUGACGGGGACUCGAGGGACGGGCUCACACCCUCCUCUAAUGGCUUCCCCGACGGCGAGGAGGACGAGACCCCACUGCAGAAGCCCACCAGCACCCGGGCUGCCCUCCGCAGCCACAGCAGCUUCCCUGUGCCACUGACCCGCCGUCGAGGUUCCCCAAGAGUCUUCAAUUUUGAUUUCCGCCGGCCGGGCCCCGAGCCUCCCAGGCAGCUCAACUACAUCCAGGUGGAGCUGAAGGGAUGGGGUGGAGACCAUCCCAAGGGGCCCCAGAAUCCCGCGGCCCCCCGAGCCCCCGUGCCCACCGUCGCCCCUGCCCGCAGCUCAGACUCCUAUGCCGUGAUCGACCUCAAAAAGACCGUGGCCAUGUGCAACCUGCAGAGGGCUCUGCCCCGAGAUGACGGCACCGCCCGGAAGACCCGGCACAACAGCACCGACCUGCCUCUGUAGGGACUUCCUCCAUCCCCCCCAUCCGGCCUCCGCCUCAGCUCCUGUCCUCGAACCCACACACCCUCGGGUUCAGGGGUGCUUUGCAGACGGGCAUUGAGGUGGGAUCAGAAGCUUCCCUGUGCUGGCCAGAGUCCCCAAAGGUAUCAGCCACUGAGUGGCCUGGUCUCCCUGUUGGGGAGAGGAAGGGGCGACCAGGCUCGGAGGGAGCCAUUGUGGAAACUGAAGGGUCGUGAUUGCAUUUAGUGCCCUCCCUUUACGUCCGUUUGUCCUAUCUGUCGUCUGUCCUCAGUGUAUUUUUUUUGGUUGAAAUUUUGAAACAUUUUGUACCUGUUGAUUUUAUUUAUCAGUUUAUUUUUCUAUUUAUUGUUUCAAAUGUAAUUUAACAUAUUUAUU